AUGAUGCCCAUUUCAGCCAUUCGCUUGAAGGCCGGACGGUCUACUGCAAUCCGACGCCGCCAGGCAGCAUUCGAUGGUGUAGUCGAGAGGUCUGAGCUGGCAUUACUCGCACCUCGUCCAGCCAAUGACCUGCAUCCCUCGUCCAGUCACGCUCAUUCACACGCUCGUCGCCAUUUCACACAAUCUGGCGCUUUCUGCUGCAUGGAUCGUAACUGGGACGGCAGGAAACCACGUCGUACUAGGCACUUCGAGACGAGGAGUCUGAUGACGACGGCCACUUUCGAAGCUGGUCGUCGUCAUAGCCACGAAAAGGCGCCUCAUUGCGUAGUCGAAAGGUCGCCCGAACCGCAUCCUCGGGUCAUUCGUCUUCACGUCGUCUCCCCAUUUCGUGUAUAUUAUUCUGCAGUUUUCCGUCUCCAAGGCCACCUCAAGCCCGAUUUACCUUGUGACGAGUUUCUGCCACUUAUUUCUCCGGCAUUUAGCCCAUCUUUUCGGAUCAUAUGUCCUCUUCAAGCACGUGCCCACGGGCUUCGUUCACAUGCCGGCAACCCAGAAGUGGAGUGCUCUUUCGACGCUCGAAAUUGUUAG